GAGCUAAUAAAAUCGAUUUCCUAACCGGUGAAUAUUAAGACGCAGUAAAUUUGAUACUCAACCAAAAUUGCAAAAACUCAACAAAGAUUGUCUGAUUUUGUGCUGGAUUAAGAGCAAAUUUCCGUCGAAAUUCAAUAACUAAGGCAAGAGGGAAGCUCAAUUUUGGAAACCAUGUCCAACACUCCUCAGUACGACGUGAAACAUCAUGGCACGCCACAGCAGGGCUAUCCCCCGCCCCAACAGGGCUAUCCCCCGCCCCAACAGGGCUAUGCCCCAACCCAACAGGGCUAUGCCCAGCAGACGACCACAGUAAUCGCCACUGGUCCACAGCUCGCUGUUAACCCCGGGGGAUGUCCAGCAUGCGGGGUGGGCACAAUCUCAGAUAGAUUCACCAUUAUUGGAAUCAUCAUCGCCAUCCUGUUCUUCCCGCUCGGUAUAAUUUGUUGCCUUAUGAUGACAGAGAGGCGCUGUGGUUCCUGUGGGGCCACGUAUUAGAUGGCGAGAUCUGACUUUAGAGGACUUUGAGCUCAGAGUUGCUAAAUUAAAAAAAAAAGAUUAACCGAGCAAAGUCAAUAUACUGAAUAUAUAUAGUUAGUAUAGUGGCUAAUCAUCAUACAUGUGUUGCGGCAAGUUUGAUAACAUUCUGGUAAAUGCGAUGCUGGUUUAUAUAGAUAUUCAUGUUUUUUUUUAUAAAACUCAUAAUAGUGAAAAAAGAACUGAUUAUUUCUCUGUUGUUGUUUUUUUUGUCACAACCUGUUGACGUAUACCAUUGUUAAACUUGAGUGUUGAUGGUAGAACCGUCCUCGAUAGAAGCCUACUUUAUAGUUACUAGGCAAUGUAUUAUUGUUGCUUGUUGUUUUUUUACCCCGAAUGUAUAACGUUCUUCUCUGUAAUAUUAUAGUGUGUGCAUUUAAUCUUUGAUUUUAUGUGUUUUUUUAUUAUUUUUUUUUUUAUUUUAAAUUUUUCACUUAUACACGCUCUGAACACCAAAUACAAUGGACUUUAAUAUGUAAAAACGCUGUUUUUAUAAUUUAAAAUGCAAUUAACAGUUCCAACAAAGAUAUGCAACAGUCAUAGAAAGUCUGUGUUUAUAGUUCUAGUGACAUCUAACAUCAUUUCAAGUUUGCAAAUGACAUUGCAUCUGCAACCAUUUAACCCGAAUUGUUUAAAAACAUCAGAUAAAGUGAACUAUUUUUUAUCCAGAAAUGUAUUUAUUUAAUAAGCUGAUUCUUCAAGUAGCAAAUACAUCUAUUUCCACAAUAUUUUUAAGCUUUUAAAAGAAUGUUCUCGAAUUUUCCUUUGCAUUUUAAACCAUCUUCAUUUUUCCCCUUAGGAGACAUGAUUUCUGGCAUUUUGAAUUAUAUUUUUGUCUUACAUUACUAAUAGGGCCAUUUCACCAAUGAUUGUUUUGGUCCCGAGAGUACCGGAUCUCUUUUUUAGUCGAUCGGCUCUAUUUUUGCAAAAUAAGUCGGGAACCUGCGUGUACUUACGUGCACUAACCUAUACCUUCGGGGUAAGAUCUGGCGCGAUCGCAUUAGUCACCCGAGGGUCAACCCGAAGAUAGGCGGACAUCGGCCGCAGAGCGGCCGAAAGCGUCCUCUCUCGAGUCGGGAUCGCCCAUUUUCGGUCCCUAUCGGCCGAACAACGCGCGAACAUCGCUCACUUGCGCACGAGAUACGGGUCUCUACCGGGCCAUUGUCUUGUACCUGCGGGUACUUGCGCUUACUUUCGCAUACUUGCGCCCCUGAAACGUGUCGAUCGCUCGAGAAACGUCCGUGAAUCGUCCCUCGCCGUGGUUCAUUGGUCGGGAUUCAAUCGGCUUAAUGGGAACGAUUGGAGGCGAUUCAGGACGACAAUCUGGCCGAUCAUAAAAUAAAUCAUCGGGGAUAAUCUGGUACAGAUCGGACAGAUUGGGAAAAAAACAAUCCUUGGUGAAAUGGGGGCAUAAGUUAUUAAACUUCUUUUUUAUUUCUUUGAGUAAAAGUUUUACUUCAAUACUAAAACAUUCGCUAUGUAAACAACCUUCUCAGAAUGCCAGGGCUAAGAGAUGCUCUUUAAAUGUAAAAGUAAUAAUAGAUACUUGUACACUUUUGUUGGACAAGUGAACUCGGGAUCGGGCUUGACCCUCUUCGACUAAAUUGCUGUUCUAUAAAUAUAAUAAACACGAUACUAAAAUUU